AUGGUGCCUGAAGGACUACAAUAUGCUUCGGUAGAAUCUAUCGCGGAUAAGAUUGCCAGCCUAGGCAUGAAUGUCAUCCGUUUAGGAUGGGCAACGGAGAUGAUCGACGACAUCUAUACAACGGGGCAUGACAUUGACCUGAAGACAUCGUUCGUCAAAGCUCUUGGGGAAGCCAAUGGCACCAAGGUCUAUCAUGACGUUCUAGCGCAUAACCCUCAUUUUAAUCCUGCAACCACACGACUGCAGGUUUUUGACGCCGUUGCUGCCGCUUGUGCCGAGCGUGGAAUCCUUGUGCAUCUGAAUAAUCAUCAAGUCAAAGCGGGUUGGUGCUGUGAUGCGACCGAUGGGAAUGGAUGGUUUGGCGACACCGACUUCAAUGUGACCAACUGGGUUCGUGGCCUAAAGUACAUGGCGAAGUACGCUUCCUCUUGGCCCAAUUUCGUCAGUCUCAGUUUGUAUAAUGAACUCCGCGAAACACCAGCACCCGGCUACGGCUGGCAGGAAUGGUACGAGAACAUGAUUCCCGCAGCGGAAGCCGUCAACGCUGUGAAUACCGAUAUCCUAAUCUUCUUGUCCGGCCUCAACUACGACCUAGAUAUAUCUGCUCUUGUACUUGGUCAGGAUCUCGGUGGGGGGUACCAGUUUGAUAUUGGAGAUUACAAGUUCGCAAAUAAGAUGGUUUUCGAACUACACAAUUACGAAUUCGAUCAAACGUUCUCCAGCUGCGCAGAGCUAGAUGCGGAUCUCAAUGCGGACGGCUUUUCCGUCGUGAACAUGUCGGAUAGCAGCGUGCAGAACAGACUGCCAGUGGUGCUGACGGAAUUCGGCUUCGCUCCUGAGGGGUACCCGCAGUUGUACGCUCAGUGUAUCAAGGAUUUCGUCACCAGAAACCACAUUGGAUGGACCAUGUGGGAUAUCAGCGGCAGCUAUUACACUCGCCAAGGCAUCCAGAAUUACGAUGAGACAUGGGAGGUGGUUCCUCGCUCUAUCUUCCCAAAUAUCUCCACAAUAGUCUGGGUUGCACGGACAGACAAAGCUCGGUCCCGAUACCCCCGAGGAUCCACCUUGAUGGGCUUCGAUUCAAAUCUGUUGUUAUUUGCUCCCUGCAUCAACGUCAACUCCUACUCAUCAACGAAGAUGGUGGGAAUCCUCACAGAACGACUCUCUGUCGCCGACGGCUAUCUCACCGGAGAAAAUUCCGGUUACCUGAGACCGUCAGACCCUAAGCUUCCUAUCGAGGAAUUAAGAAAACGUUACAACGAAGACGGUUAUUUGUUCCUCAAACAGCUUCUUCCCCGCGAGGAUGUUCUGAAAGCGCGACGAAAAUAUUUCGAGUUCCUGGAGAACACUGGUAUCCUCAAAGACGGCACUCAGCCCGUGGAAGGCAUAUUCAAUCCACUCAAAAGCCCAGAAGAUUUUCCAGGCUUUGGAUCCGGGACACCUGGAAAAGGAGAACAUGCCGAAGAAUUUGUGACUCGUGCUCUGGACGCCCAUUACGAAGAUUGGUAUACCCAGGAUUUUUGCAAACACUCAGUGCUACUCGACUUUAUCGCGGAAUUUACCGGUUGGGGCCAGAAUACCUUGGGUAUGAAGAGAAGUUUGCUCCGGAACAACGUGCCCAAUAGCACACCUAUUGGUGUUCAUUACGAUCAGAUUUUUUUGAGAUACGGUGAUCCGACGAGUGUGACGGCGUGGGUCCCUAUGGGGGACAUCAAGCUCAGCGGAGGAGGAUUGAUGUAUCUUGAAGACGGGGAAUCCGUGGGGAAAGCAGUCGAGGAUGAGUUCACGCAGAGAGCGAUUAAUGGAGGCAUGUCCGAGGAGCAGGCCCGAUCUGCCUACAACGCCAAUAUGAUGAGCAACGGGCUUCUUUCUCCCAAUCCAGGACAGUUUGCAAGAGAGCAUCAGCGCCGCUGGCUGGUUACGGCAUAUGAAGCGGGCGAUGUGGUCUUGCAUAAACCCCAUGCCAUACAUGCCUCAACGAUCAACAACGACCCUGAUAAUAUCAUACGUCUGGGGACUGAUCUUCGCUUUUGCGAUCAAUCCAAGCCGUAUGAUCCAAGAUGGUUGAACUAUUUUCGUAUUGGAGAUGGGGCCUGA